CGCUGGGUGCGCGGCGGAAAAGGCGCCGCCGCGCUUUCGCGCUGUACCCCGGCAGGAGCCUGCGGUGCUCGGCGGCCCCGCCAUGGAGGAGACAUCCAGCGGCGUCCGCCUCUCGGCCGAGUGCCUGGACGAGCCGCCCAACAGCCGCGUCUUCGUGGUGCUGGGCAAGGACACCGGCGAGGCGCUGAUCCGGGAGCGCUUCUCGCCCUUCGGGGACAUCCAGAACAUCUGGCUGCUGCGGGACAGGCGCACCAACGAGUCCCGCGGCAUCGCCUUCAUCAAGUUCGCCCGCAGCUCGCAGGCCUGCCGGGCCAUGGAGGAGAUGCACGGCCGCAGCCUGCUCCCCGACAGCAAGCCCAUCAAGGUAUUUAUUGCACAGUCAAGAGCUUCUGGAAGCCACCGAGAUGUUGAAGAUGAGGAGCUUACACGAAUCUUUGUUAUGAUACCAAAAACCUACACGGAGGAGGAUCUGCGAGAGAAGUUUAAGAUGUAUGGAGACAUUGAAUAUUGCAGCAUUAUUAAAAACAAGACUACUGGAGAAAGUAAAGGUUUGGGCUAUGUCAGGUACCUGAAACCAUCACAAGCUGCCCGAGCAAUUGAAGAGUGUGAUCGAAGCUACAGGGCCAUUUUGGCCGAACCUAAAAAUAAGUCAUCUGAGUCUUUCGAGCAUGAUUAUUACAGUAAUAGCAUGAGGCCAGAACUAAGAGGAAGUGCACUUCCAUUUUGUAUGCAGCCAGAAUUCUGUACCUUUGAGAAAGCUGAGACCCGAAUUCAAGAGCCAGUCUCCAAACGCCUGUCGGUGGUCUCUCGGCUGCCCUUUAUUCAAGAGCAGCUGUUUGCCCUCUUCGAUUUAGUUCCAGGUCUGGAAUAUUGUGAUGUUCAGCGAGACCCUCAUACCAAUAGUGGGUAUGCUGUGAUUCAGUACAGCACCGCUGCCUCAGCUAUAUACGCCAAGUACAAACUACACGGGUUUGAGUAUCCUCCUGGAAAUCGACUAACUGUCAUUUUCCUAGACGAUGGGAAUGACAGCUCAGACCUUAUCAGGAAAAUGGCAACACAGCUGGUGACAGCCCAGGUGUCGUCAGCGUUGCGCAGUAACAGCGCGAUGGUUCAGCAGUACAGGACGCCUCCUCAAGCAUUUGGAGGAGCUUCUGGCCCACAGUUGCUGCAGCCCCAAACAGAUGCCAUACUUCCACCACCCAAAAAAAAAGUUCCACCUGACACUUCUGUGAAAGAAAGGCUUUUCAUACUUUUUCAUCCCCAUCCUUUACCUGUAAAUGUACUGGAGGAUGUCUUCUGUCGUUUUGGACAAUUGAUAAGUGUUUAUCUUGUGGCUGGAAAAAAUGUGGGCUAUGCCAAAUUUGCAGACAGAGCAAGUGCCAGCGAGGCCAUAACUGCAUUACAUGGCAAGAUUGUGAAUGGUGUGAGGCUGAAAGUGAGGUUGGCAGACUCGCCCUCGGAGGAGCCCAACAAGCGCCAGAGAACGUACUGAGCAG